GUGUUGACAUUCGAUUUUAUCCUUUCGAAUCCCUAGAAAUCGAGAAAAACAAUCUGUCCGCCGCCGCAAGCAGUCUGAUUCCCGGUAACGUCGCGGGCUGAUGCGAUUAUAUUAUCAAAAUUAUUUUGGGUUGUGCAGGUUCCGGUGAUAAUUCUCCUUCUUCGGAAUUGCGUGCGUUUGGGGAGGGAUUGGCGGGUGGAUGGAAGGGAAUUCGGGAGGCGGUGGCGGGAGUGAUGUCGAAUUGCUAUGUAAAACAUUGCAGGUAGAGCACAAAUUGUUCUACUUUGACCUGAAGGAGAAUCCGCGGGGGCGCUAUCUGAAGAUCUCGGAGAAGACUUCGGCGACUAGAUCAACCAUCAUAGUACCCUCGAACGGCAUCGCGUGGUUCCUCGAUCUCUUCAAUUACUUUGUGAAUUCGGACGAGCAAGAUAUAUUGAGCAAGGAACUCAUGCUCGACGCUAAGGUGUUUUACUUUGAUGUUGGGGAGAAUCGAAGGGGGCGAUUCCUGAAAAUAUCGGAAGCUUCGGUGAAUCGAAACCGCAGCACGAUCAUUGUCCCCGCCGGAAGCGGCCGGGACGAAGGUUGGGCUGCCUUCAGGAACAUUCUGGCUGAAAUCAACGAAGCGUCGGGGCUCUUCAUUCUGUCCAAUCAGCAGAAUUCAGAAGCACCGGAACGAAUCGUCGGCCUUUCUGAUGAUGUUGGGGCUGGUUUCAUAUCCAGCCAUGGCUCUCAGCCAGUGGCUCCGGCAGCCGAAUUGAAUGUCGAUCGCUCUUCUGAUCUGCCGCCGUCUGAUGAAAUGAGUGGUAAUUUGGGAGUUUCGAAAGUGAUUAGGGCUGAUCAGAAGAAGUUCUUCUUUGACCUUGGCAACAACAACAGAGGACAUUUCCUGCGGAUAUCUGAGGUCACAGGCUCCGACCGCUCCUCCAUCAUUCUCCCAUUAUCUGGCCUGAAGCAGUUCUAUGAAAUGGUGGGCCACUUUGUGGAGAUCACCAAAGACCGAAUUGAGGUGAUGACCGGUGCCAAUGUUCGGACAGUGGACCCUCCUCAGAGGUGAAAGUGAAUGUGGAUGGGAUUGAUGGUCUGCAGUCAAUUCUGCUAUGAGUCUCAAUCAAAAUUGUGAUGUGUGGCACUAUUUAUUGUGGCUGAUUGAUUGGGUAUUGCAUCUGUGUGCUGCUUGUCAAGUGCUUUGCUUUACUUGCUUUAAUUCUAAUUGUCCUAAUAAGUUUGUUGUCUUCUUGUUUGGUUCUGGAUAGAACAAUAUAUAUAUAUAUACAUAAAUAAAUGAAUACUUGUGUUUAUGUGCUGAAACAUAGCAUUCACAUUUAGGGUUCUUGUUCACAGCCAAAUAGGGUGUUUUCUGCUUGAGGUGAAGUCCUCUGGAUCUUCUUCUGUAUAGUCUGCCAAAAGGAUAUUGGUGCUGUGAUCUGUGCUUUGAUUUGUUUAAAAACUAGGGAUUCUUAUUCACUUGAGUGUAUAAACCUUCUACAAACUCUUCCAUUUUAAAAUAAACUUGAGGUGAGAUGUUUGUUAAGCA